AUGGGAUAUAUUAGGAAAUUAUGUGAAUCACAGGAGCAACCUUUUCCUUGGCUUAGAGAAAUACCCUGGGGCAAUGAGGAAAAUCAACUUUUUUCCAAUCCAUAUUGGUUGCACCAAGACUACAAAAAUGCGGAAGAUUACUACUAUCACGUUUACGAGGAAUCCAAGCUUGCUAAAUCGAGUUUUGCAUCAUAUUUAGAAACAGUUCAAUUAGAAAAAGUGGAUCCAUCUUACCUUGAAAUGAUGCGAUCGGGUGUGGAAACGAUAAGUAAUGCUGCGAGUAAUGCUACAGAAGCUAUCCAAAAAGAAGAAAAAGUAGCUGCUUAUUUAACUAAAGAAAUAGAUACCAUGGAUGUUUCUCCAAAAUAUAAAGAAAUAAUUAAAAUGCUGCUAUCAAAUUCCAAUUCUCUGAUUCAAUUUCUCAAAGACAACGAAGUUGAUGAAUUACUGAUAAAAUCAGUCAUUGUGCAUUUAUUAAUACUGCACGCUUCCAUUCCAAGCGAUGCAAGUCCACUUGCUGCUUACCUCCAUCAGUUGCAAGUUUGUGAAAAUGAUUUCAUUUUGACAUGUCCAUCAGACGUAGAAGGUGUUGUUAUGAAUACGGUUGCCUCUUUUAGAAAUGAAGAUGGUGCGGGAAGCGGUGUCACCAGGUAUCGAUGUAAAUGUGGUGAAAUUUUUAUUGUCCUUGAUUGUGGAAGCUUUUCGAACCCUGAGGAAAGAGCUCCUGAGAAAUAUAGUAUUUCGAGUAAGUGCCUGAAGUGCAAGGGAGUGAUUGGCUAUGGUUCGAUUGAAGGUGAAUACACACGUUUGGAUGCAAAAAAGAUUACAUCCGUAGAGAUUAAGCACGAUCCUGGAUACAUAGUUGAACAAAUUUCAACAGAAAAAACACAUAAUGUCCGCAUGAUGACACCUCAGGCCUAUCGCAUCUUACAUUUAUUCGUGCACACUCUUCUUGGCGCAUCCAUACCAUCAUCUAUCGCAUCAAAAUUUUUUGCAAAGAAUGGUAAUAAUGCAGGAGAUACGAUGGAACAUUGUCUAAAUAAUAUUCGCAAUGAUUGGAAGAUACUUAAGGAGAUUUUUCAUUGUAACGAUGAACAGUUGGCCUUGAUUCACUCUAUUAUCUCCUCACUGAUCAAGGAAUCGACAUCAGAUGAAUGGCGAUUGGAUACUCCAGAAAAACGAGAAGAGUGGGAAGACGAAUUUAGCAGAGAUCAUGAUAUUUCUAAUGUGAUAAUUGAAGUACAAGAUAUCCGGAUUAAAAUGUCGAAGGAUAGAAUAAGUGAAACUGAAGAGGAGAUUGAUGACAUGUUAUCAGCAAGGAUCCAAAAUAUUAUCAUGAGAAACUACCUAGACUCUGGAGAAAGAUCAAAGAUGUGA